UGUAUGCGAAUAGUAGCAGCUACAUCUAUGGUACGUUUAUUAUCUGUCGUCUCGGCUAUGCGCAGCGCGAGGUGCGAGAGGUUGUCUAUGGCCACGGUUGGCGGGCAGACACGAACGCACGGCGAGCGGAGACGCUGUGACAUUGGCGAGCCGAUAUCCUAAGUAAUAAACAUAUCAUAACAAUACGAAUACACUACAUUUGGCGACGAGGAUAAACAUAACCAUUGGCGGCAUGUCGGUAGCCCAAAUUACCCUAGAAAAAUUUGAGUGCGCGGGAGAUACCACCUCAGUCGCUAUUAGAUGGGAGAAAUGGAAGAGGAGUUUGCAAAUAUACUUACUAGCAGCCGGCAUCGUGGACGACCAGAAACAAACGGCUUCUCUAUUGCAUUUCGGAGGGCCCGAGUUACAAGAGAUAUUUUUUAGUAUUCCGGAAAAUUCCGAUAGUGGUAGCUCAGGUACAACAUUUAAAACGGCAGUAAAAAAACUUGAUAAUUACUUUGCUCCUAAGCAAAGUAAAGUUUACGAACGUCAUGUAUUUAGGCUUCUUAAACAAGAACCUCAGGAAAAGUUUGAAAAGUUUCUUGUUAGACUUCGGCAGCAAGCUGCAAAAUGUGAUUUAGAUCUUAACGACGAAUAUAUUAUAGACCAAAUUGCAGAAAAAUGUUCAUCAAAUGAUUUACGUAAAAAAAUCCUUAAACUGGGGGACGCAAUUACUCUUGACGUUAUUAUCAAGGAGGCUAAUAUUUUAGAGGUUUUAGGUCGUCAGUUAGGAGAAUACGUCGAUAAAACGCCAGAUUCUCAAGGGGUGAAUAGGAUUCAGUCUAGAUUUAAAAAUAUGAAAUAUUGUCGGAGGUGUGGUCGCGGAGAGCAUACAAAACAAGGUCGAGAUUGCCCAGCUAAAAACAAGAGGUGUUUAGAAUGCGGAGAAAUGGGACAUUUUCGUGCCCAGUGUCUAAACAUUAAGAGGAAAAUAGAACAUAACGGAAAAGGAAAAGAGGAGAGCAUAAAAGGAGGGAAAUCGAACCAAAUAAAGAGGUUCAAACGAAUUUAUAAUGUGCGUGAUAAAGACGACGAUAGACCGUGCCAACCAACUGAUUAUAUAUUUAAUAUAAGUAGCUCCACCUCGAUAACAGGCAAUAUAGGUGGGGUCAAUGUUCAAAUGAUAAUUGAUUCGGGAUGUAAUGACAAUUUAAUAACGGAUAAGACUUGGAAGACGAUGAAGGAGAGCAACGUUGUCGUUACGAACCAAGAUGCGCAUCCCGUCAAGAAUUUCAUGGCAUAUGGAAGCGAUUCACCGUUGAAGCUACUAGGAUCUUUUCAAGCUAAUAUACAAGUCGGCGAACGUACGGAGAACUCCAAGUUUUACGUUAUUAAAGAUGGAACCUGCAACUUACUAGGCCGUCUAACUGCUACUUCAUUGGGUAUUCUGAGGAUCGAAGUUGAUGUUAAUGCUAUUGUGUAUCAAGAAUUUCCUAAAUUUAAGGAUGUAUUGAUCACAAUCCCUAUUGAUAGCACGAUACCAGCGGUAAGCCAGCCAUACCGAAGAAUCCCUAUACCUUUAGAAGAAAAAGUUAACAAGAAAAUUGAAGAGUUACUCGCGAAAGACAUUAUAGAGGAAGUUAAAAGUGCAUCCAAUUGGGUGUCACCAAUAGUGCCGAUCCUGAAAGAUAACGGAGAGGUCCGCUUAUGCGUCGACAUGAGACAGGCGAACCUCGCUAUCAGGCGUGAAAACCAUCCAUUGCCGACAAUGGAUCAGAUACUACCUCGAGUUAGGUUUGCCAAAGUAUUUAGCAAAUUAGACAUAAAAGACGCCUUCCAUCACAUAGAAAUACACCCAGAUUCCAGAGACAUUACAACUUUCAUCUCUAAUAGGGGAUUAUUCCGAUACAAACGGAUGAUGUUCGGUAUAAACUGUGCACCCGAGAUAUUUCAAAAGACCCUGGAAAGAAUUCUUAUAGGCUGUGAAGGAGUAGUUAAUUUUAUAGAUGAUAUUUUGAUUUUUGCAAGAAACUUACAGGAACAUGACGAGAGACUUAAAAGGGUCAUGGAGGUGUUAGACAAACAUAAGGUAUUGCUGAGAAAGGACAAAUGUAUAUAUCGAGUUAAUAAAAUUCAAUUCCUGGGGCAUGAGCUGACGGAUCAGGGAGUCAAACCAUUGCAAAAAUACAGCGCUGCAAUUUCCGAAUUUAGACCACCGACGAACGUGGCAGAACUUCAAAGUUUUUUAGGCUUAAUUAACUAUGUAGGGAAAUGGAUUCCUAACCUGGGAGAAGAAACUGAGCCUUUGAGAAUACUUCUUAAAAACAGAACAGGUAGAAAUUCGGAUAUAAAGGAGGCCUGGGGCGAAGCCCAGCAAAUCGCUUUUAAUAAUCUAAAAGCUGCGCUGGUGAACGUACCGCAUUUGGGGUAUUAUGAUCCUGAUGAUAAAACAGCUGUGUUAGCAGAUGCUAGUCCAGUCGCAUUAGGAGCAGUACUCGUACAAAUAGAUAAUGGAGGCCCCCGUAUAAUUGCAUUCGGUAGUAAGACAUUAAGUCAUUGUGAACGUCGAUACUGCCAGACUGAGAAGGAGGCUCUAGCUCUGGUUUGGGCAGUAGAACACUUUGAUAUGUUUCUUUACGGUAAAGAAUUUGAUCUGAUAACCGAUCACAAGCCUUUAGAAGUCAUUUUUGGUCCCAGAUCAAAGCCGUGUGCUCGUAUUGAAAGGUGGGUAUUGCGGUUGCAAUCAUAUAAAUUUAAGAUCAAGUACGUCCCGGGUAAAAAUAAUAUAGCAGACCCCCUAUCGAGACUCUGUAAGCUGGAAGAAACACCUGCAGCAUUAGAUGGAAACCAAAUACGGUUUAUAGUGGAGCAUACCGUACCUUGUGCUGUACCGUUGAGGGACUUAAUCGAACAGUCUCGUAAGGACCCCGAAAUCCACAAAGUUAGAGAGGGACUAUAUAAAGACAUUUGGGAUGAGACGGUAAAAAAGUAUAAGACAUUCCAAACCGAGCUUUGUUUCCACGAAGACAUCUUAUUGCGCGGGACACGAAUAGUGAUACCAGGCAACCUACGAGAUCGUGUACUCCAACUAGCACACGAAGGACACCCGGGAAUAGUGGGUAUGAAAGCAAGAUUAAGAACAAAGGUUUGGUGGCCCAACCUUGAUAAAGACGCAACCAAUGCGUGUAAGUCAUGCAAAGGAUGUACUUUAGUAUCCGCUCCUAACCCGCCAAAUCCUCUAAAAAGAAGAGAAUUACCCUCGGAACCUUGGGUGGACAUAGCUCUAGAUUUAAUGGGACCAUUGCCUAGUAAUAUCUACAUAUUAGUAGUAGUGGAUUACUACACUAGAUACAAGGAGGUGAAAUUAUGCAGAUCUGUGACAAGCGCUGAAAUUAUUGAACAACUAAAAGAUAUUUUCAGUCGAUUAGGGAAUCCGGUCUCAUUGACAUCGGAUAACGGAAAACAAUUUACCAGUGAAGAGUUUAAAACCUUUUGCGCUGAGAGAGACAUCCGCAUAUUUAAUACGGUUCCCUACUCACCUCAACAGAAUGGGGAAGUAGAAAGGCAAAACCGCAGCAUUUUGAAACGGUUAAAAAUCGCCCAAGCCGAAAAGAAGAACUUGAAGGAGGCUUUACGUACAUACUUAGAAAUGUAUAACAGUACACCCCACACCGUCACUGGAAAAACACCAGCUGAACUCUUUUUCCGUCGACAGUUUCGUGACAAAUUACCCAUGAUUAAUGAUAUGACUUAUAAACCGGAAGAUUUUGAGAUCAGGGACAGGGACAAAGAACAUAAAGAAAAGGGAAAGGAGUAUGCUGAUAGGAAAAGACGGGCUACUGACAGUGAUCUCAGUGUAGGGGACAAAGUAUACCUGAAAAACACAAAUAAAACAAAUAAGUUGAGCCUAGACUUUGACCCAACUAUUCACACAGUUGAGUCCGUAAAUGGAAACGACGUACAAUUAAAGAAUGAUGAAACAGGGCAACAAACGCGACGCAACGUUAUACACCUCAAGAAGGCAGAGGGCCAAUGGCAAGUAGUCGAUAAAAGUAACGUCGACAAUUGCUCAGACCAAGAUGACAUGGAACUAUCUGAGUGAAUCCUUGGGGUCGCGUAAUUACUGUUAAAAGAGUUGAAAGUUAAUCUAUUUAAGAAUGUGAAGAAGUAUAUUUAAGUUUACUCGAUUCCCAGGAUAACUUGAUUUUGUAUGAUUUGUUUGGUUUAUAAAACUAUUCUUAAGGAGUCCCUGUAUUGUUAAAUAAUAACAUUCUGAAAUACGAUUGGACUUUUAUUGACCUCAAGUUUAGUGCACUUACGUCAUAUUGUACUAUGCACGUAGGUGAUAAAAGAAACAAUAAAACAAGGGAGGGAUGUAGUGUAUGCGAAUAGUAGCAGCUACAUCUAUGGUACGUUUAUUAUCUGUCGUCUCGGCUAUGCGCAGCGCGAGGUGCGAGAGGUUGUCUAUGGCCACGGUUGGCGGGCAGACACGAACGCACGGCGAGCGGAGACGCUGUGACAUUGGCGAGCCGAUAUC